AUGGCAGUUUUUGCAGUUCAUUUUGUCUAUCGAUGGCUCGUAGUUUCUGAAAACCGCCUCCUCCAAACUUUUAACGGCUGGAAAAUUUGUUUGUGGUUCUCGAUUCCGGUUUGGUAUGGGGUCACUUGGGUGUGCACAGGAUAUAUUCUGUGUGGUCCCAAUGAGAAUACUUCGAGAUUUAUAAAAGACAAUAUCAAGGAAGUGUUGGGACUGGAAUUCAAUGAGUAUACAUACCUAGGACCAUUUUUAUAUGACAAGGAUGAGAACGGGACGGAUGUGGUCUAUGUGGCACCGUUCAUUGGAUUGGGAAUCAAUUCUGGAACGAUUUGCUCUUCUAUUAUCAUCGUCCUAACAUUCGGAAUUCUCUGCUACAUACGUAUCAAAAACAUUGUGGUCACUACAGUAAACUCACUGAAAAUGCGAAGUCUCCAACGACAGCUUUUCUUUGCAUUGGUCAUCCAAACUCUUGUUCCUUUUCUUCUGAUGCAUAUUCCAGUAGCUUUAAUGUUUGCCUUCGUUUUCUUGGAUAUUGAUUUAGGCGUUUACAGCGCAAUUGUAUCCAUGACAAUUGCCAUUUAUCCAGCUGUCGAUCCGAUUCCAACACUUGUAAUUGUGGAAAAUUAUAGGAAGACUAUUAUUUACUGGCUAUGUUGUUGUAAAAAAGUCGCACACGUGCCAGGACAGACUACUAUAGAACCUACUAGAUUCGCAACGCUCCCACCUUCCAAUCUUGAACUUGAUCUCGAAAAUUGA